UGCUGUCAGCAGAUGAGAUACUCAUUGCUUUGCAAAUCAAGGGAGGAAAAUUUGUUUUAAGAGCAAGAAGCAAGUCCAAGACAAGGAGAAGAGAGAGGAAAGGGGAGACAUGAAGACAUUACUGCAGCUGUAAUCUGGACAAUCGUUAAAAUUCUGAGAUUUAGAUAAAGAGAGAAGAAGUGGAGAGUUUGGAGAUGUCACCAGCCUGCAGACCAGGUAAGAAAUAUGUUUAAGAACAUCAGAAAAGCAGAAGAAAAUGGAUUUUAGUCUCUUCAGUGCAUACAAUAGGACAACAGAUCAGACCCAGGUAGUAUUUUUCUGAUAAGUUCAGAAACAAACAACAUCUUGUGUAACUUCAGAAUGCUGGCAUGUGCUGACAGGUUCUGAUGAAUGUGUUUUAUCCUCAGGUGUUAACGGGGCCUUGCUGUGCAUCGUCCUUUUAUCAGGGCUCUGUUCAGGCCUUCAUCUUUACAAAUUGAUUGAUGAACCAAAGACCUGGAGUGAAGCCCAACAGUACUGCAGAGAAAAGUUCACUGACCUGGCUACUGUGGACAACAUGGAAGACGUGGAUCAACUGAUUGCAGCUGCUGGCAGUGGCUACAGUGGUAAAGUAUGGAUUGGCCUGUAUGACAAUUCUAGCAGCUGGGCGUGGUCGAUGACAGAUGACGGCUACUACGGAACCAACAAUCAGCUGUUUCUGAAGUGGGAGAGUGGUAGACCAAAUAAACGCAGAGAUGAGUGGAAGAUAUGUGCUACUGUAUUUAAAGGUCUGUUGCGAGAUCAGUUAUGCUCUGACCAACACUCCUUUCUCUGCUACGACAAUUCAAACAGUGAGUAAAACGUUACUUCUUGUGGUUUCUGUGAUCCAGUAACACGUAGUGCAUUUUCCAGACUGUGGUAUAAUUAUUACUUCAAGUGUGUGUUUAGGCCCCAAAACAGGAAAUGAACGGCAGCUUUGACUGUUUCAUUUGUCUUGUAAAGAUGUAACUCACAUGUGAAGACUUGACACUUUUCUCCAUUUGAUUUCAUUCAGACUGGAUUUGAAAACUGUUGGUCAGAAUAAAGUGCUUUUGUGUGCAAAUGAAUCUGACUGAACUUUCAAAAUUCUUUCCAGCUUCUUCUCCUCCAAGAUAUGUCUUCAAGUAUUGGAGGAACCUGACGUGGGAGGGAGCUCAGAGCUACUGCAGGAAGUUCCACACAGACCUGGCCUCCAUCAGGAAUGAAGAAGAGAGGAAACUGAUCCAGGAGGCUGUACCAGGAAAGUGGGGUGCAUCCGUUAGUCUGUCCAGAAGAACCUGGUACUCUUGGUCAGACGGCACAGAGCAUGAAUUCAAAAACUUCCUGACUGGACACCCAUUAGCUAAAACUGGAGACUGUGCUACCAGUGUGAUCGGUGCUACUGAUGCUGGAAAGUGGAUGGAAGAUCAUUGUGACCAAAAACUUCCUUUCAUGUGCCACUACGAGAAAAAGCAGCAGCUUCGGAUCAAGCUGAGGGUUCUGAAAUCCACAAUGGACCUGAAUGACCCCGCUGUGACGGAGGCCAUCCAGAAACUGCUGGAGAAGAAGCUGAAAGAGAAAGGGAUCACAGCAGGGUUCAAACUUAGAUGGGUCAAGAAGCCUGACAACACCAUCUUUGAGGAAGAGAAGGAAGAGAAGGAUGAACUGUAAACUGUAUUUACAGGAUAUCUUUCAUUUGUUUUACUUUGAAGGUUCAUGUUUUAGGUUGACAUGUUAGAGCCAACUAAUAAAUAUCAAACUGUCAUGUGAGACAUUUAUUGUUUUGGAGUAGAGCAGAGUCAAUUGUUCAGAAAACUGAACAAAUAUCUUAUUUAUCCCGUUGCUGUGUUGAUACAUUAAUGGUAGGGCAGAUUUACAGCUGAUUUUAUGCAACAUACAUGUGGAAAUCUACACGUUUAAACUCUGAAAACUUUCUCAUGUGAAAAUGUUGUAAUGAACUGCAGAGACAUCAGCGUAUCCCUGUAAAGCUGGAUUCAUUUAUAUAGCAUGUUGUUGGAUAUUUCAGAGUGAUGUGUGAUGUAUUAGGAUUUAAUAUUGUAGCUUUGUAAGAAAAUCUCUGAGGUCAUGAGAGUUGUGAAGGAAAAAUGACUCUUUCCCUUUUCUAAGGUCAUAAUGGCCUUUAGACAGACAGACACUGCAGGAGAUCAGAUAUCGUCUAUUGUGAUGUGACUAAGCAGACCAGUUGUCUCCAUGUUGGUCUGUAAUCUAAAUCUGACCUUCUCCCAACUCCAAUAUAAAGCCAAAGAUCAGAGAGAAUCCUCAGAAGUGCUGCUGGCAUUGCUUGCAUGUACUGCUGCUCUGUUGGUGUCACUUCUCCUGAUAUCAGUAAACAUUACUCACAACCUAAGUCAUCUGAGUCUCCAGUGUGUCUCUCUGGAUCUGCCUCCACAUCACUGAACUUCAGCAACAAGAGUCCAGUGAAUAUUCUUCAUUGUGUGGUUUUUAAAUAUCUACAGAUCUGUAGCUGACUUGUAUCUGUUCUUUGUGUUAAAACUGUUUUUGCAACUGUAAUCA